AUGGAUGUUGUUAGUGUCCAGCAGUUGUGGCACAAGAAGAACAGGAAGUGGCAAGUUACCUUGGAAGGCACACGCGUGGCUGGGUCUAGGUUUAGCUCAACACCUGGGAAAGCUAUUGCUCUGGUAAGUGGAGUAAGAAAAAAAAGGAAGGAGUUGGGAUGUGGCCAUGGAGUCCCUGGACCCGGAGGCUGGCCCAGCGGCUGCAGGCAGGGGCCCCAGGAGGCCGAGGCCCGGGAGAGGCAGAAAGCAGAGGAGGAGAAGAGGCGGAGGCUUGAGAAAUUUAAUAGUUCCAGAUUUAAUCUGGAGAACCUGGCGUACUUGGAAAACUUGAUUCAAAGACAAAGGGAAAAACGACUGAAGCGCAGAGUCCCCCCCAGGGCACCCGAGCCCUUGGUCAAGCCACAGCCCCAGGCCCAGCUAGAGCCCGUGGACCUGCAGACAUUCCUGAAGGCAGCUGCUGAGAACCAAGAGGCUCUGAUUGACAAAUACCUGACAGAUGGAGGGGACCCCAAUGCCCAUGACAAGCUGCACCGCUCAGCCUUGCACUGGGCCUGUCUGAAGGGUCAUGGCCAGCUUGUGAAUAAGCUGUUGGAGAUGGGGGCUGCUGUGGACGCCCGUGACUUGCUGGACAGAACACCUGUGUUCUGGGCCUGCCGUGGAGGGCACCUGGACAUCCUCAAACAGCUGCUUAACCAGGGGGCACAGAUCAACUCCAGGGACAAGAUCUGGAGCACGCCGCUGCAUAUGGCCGUGCGCAUGGGACACUGUGAGUGCCUGGAACACCUCAUCGCAUGUGGAGCCCGCAUUGAUGCACAGGACAAGGAAGGAGACACAGCACUCCACAAGGCUGUGCGGCAUGGCCACUACAGAGCCAUGAAGGUGCUGCUGCUCUAUGGGGCUCAGCUAGGCGUGCAGAACCAGGCUUCUGUGACCCCAGUGCAGCUGGCACGAGACUGGCAGCAGAGCAUCCGGGAGGCUCUGCAGGCCCAUCUGGAACACCCUCGCACCUGGUGCUGACGGCCAGCCUGCAGGGCCACUCACAGCUACCAUUCCGUCCCUGUGUCCUCACACCCCUCUGGUUCUGACCUUCAGCCUCCGGGGAGUGGCUUAGAGCCCUAGCCCCAUCUGGCUUCACGUUUCAAGGGAAACCCACUUCCUGCAAGUCGUAAGCUAGGAAAGGCUGAUGCAGAACCCUAGGAGGACAGGAAACAAGGUCCAGACGAGGGACAGUGGAGUAGCCUGGGAGCCCGGAAUGGAGCUGAAGCCGUCAUAAGCCCCCAUCUAGGAACUGGCUUCUGCCCCUGCCUCCUCACAGGCAUUCAUUUCCUGUCGGGUAGUGACUCAGUUGACAGCUUACAGCGGCCAUCCAGGCCACAGGCACAGGCAUUUCUGGGACCGACGCCUUCAGGCGGGUUCUCAGGGACUCCCUAUCAGCAGCAACCCUGGUGGCAUCUGGAGUGGCUCUUGACAACCUUGGUCUCAGGGACUCUGGUGGUGGGUCUGGAGGGGGCUGCUCAGCGGGCCUGAGCCCCCACUACAGAAGCCCAGUAUACACCUGGGUGCUGCAGGAACCCUGAGACUGAGGAGCAGGAGCCAAUACUGCCUUUAGGGAUCCCAGUGCCCACUGAGAACAGCUGUUCUUGUCAGCCAGCUGGUGGCUCUCCUUGUGGGAGAAGUGCUUUGGGGUGGUGGCCCAUGACCCUGUGUUGCCUCAGGCACCAACGCCGCCCUGGACCUGGGGCUUGAGACCCCACCUGGACCUACAGCCGCCCCACAGCCACUGAACAGUGAUGCGUUUAGGACCCAACUUCAGACAAGCUCUCCUAACAGAUCCUUCUUUCUGUCCUUUAUGCUACAAGUUGUGCUGGUGUAGACAUGCUUCUGGCAGGGCUGGGUCCUUAAAUGCCAGAAAGUGAAACUUAAAGAAUUUGGCCUUAAACAGAGCCAUAGGCUGAGAGAUGGGCUACAGAUGAAGCAUUAGCCCCUCUCACAUACAUAAGGCACCUGUUGACGCCCAUGUGUAGCAGUUACUUUUAGUCUAACAUUGGUAGCCUUUUCAGGCCAAGAACAAGACUGGAAUUUACUGUGUGAAAAAGCUAACUAGAGCCCCACACCUUCCCUUCCCACAGGCAGCCCCUGCCCUGUGGGGAGAGCAAGCGUUCACCCAUAGGGCCAUUGGAGAAAUGGGUACUCUAGUCCAUGGAGAAGACGACUCCCCAUCUAGAAAGUGGGGACACAAAGUGACAAAAAUACUUUUUAUACACAUCAAUUUUAAUUUUGUGUCAAUUAAAAUUGGUUGGUUAUCCAUCACAGCCAAGUCGUCUGGGAGGGGCCAGGCCACCGGGCCCAAGGCCUCGUCUUCCUCAGCAGCCAAGCGCAAGCCUGUUACCCUGCCACCUGACAGCAAAGUGGGCAGCGUGCAGUGGGCAGCCUAGGCACUUGGGCCCUGCACUCAAAGCAUUUGCUCAGAGAUGGGCAAGUUCAAAGAGCAGUGGUUCUCAGCCAGAAACACGGGAGAAAGUUUUAAAAGUCCUGAUAUACAGACAAGUCAGAAUCCCUGGGGUGGGACCCAGGUGUCAACAUUUUCAUCCAGACCACAGGCUUGUCUAUGUAGAAAAGCCUAAGGAAUCUACAAAAACCACCAAGAGUAAGGGAGUUUAGUUUAGCAGGACCUCAGGAUAUAGAGCAGACGCACAAACUCUACAUAUUAGCAAUGACUGUGUGAACACCAAAUUUAAACAGCACCACUUACAACUGCUCUUGAAAUGAAAUACUCAGGUGUAAAGCUAACAAAGCAUGUAUGCUAGCCACUACAAAGUGCUGAUGGGUGAAAUCAAUGAAAUUAGAUCAAACAAGAAUGCAAUCAAGCAAGACUUACCGUAUUUAUGGGCUGGAAGAGGCAAUAUAGCAAAGAUGUGAGUUCUAUGAUAAACAGGUUUAAUGCAGUUCAUGCCAAAAUCCCAGAUUUUUUGAGAACAUAGGUUAAGAUUAUUUUUAAAUUUACAGCUAAAACAAUUUUGAAAGAAUAAAGAGUCUACCCAAUUUAAAAAUUUACUAAAGGCACACCUUAGUGACACUGGUUUCAGUUCCACAUCUCAGCAAUAAAGCAACACAACUCCUGUGAAGUGCAGUAAAACAAGGUCUGCCCGUGUACAGCUAAAGUAGUGACAGUGUGGUGCUGAUAGAGGGAUAGACAUGAAUCAGUGGAACAGAUCACACAACCCAGAAACGAAAAUAUACCCGAUUUUUGACAAAGGUGCAAAAGUUAAGUCAAUGGAGGAACAAAAUGGGUCUGGAGCAGCCAGACACCUAUAGGCUAAAAAAAGAAUGAUGUCAGCAUCAUGGAGUGAGAAGGCCCCUUGGUUUCUCCUUUUAAAGUUACAAGUCAAAUAGCUAUAAUUCAACAAAAGAUUCUCUGCUUAACGCACAAAUGUCUGAGAGCCCACAGUGAGACUUCUGAAGGUGAGUGUAUGGCGGCAAGCAGGAAGGCAUGACAGGACAGACAGGGCCGCAGAUGUGGAAUGGUGCCCGCCGUGGCCCCAGCUGACAGCAGCUGGGAAGUAAGGCUGCACUCCUCCCAUGACAGCCUGGAGAGACAGAAGCAACAUUCCUGAAUAGCAGGUUCCAAGUGGACCAAACUAAGCUAUGACACAAUAUGACAGUCUGGCAGCAACAGCCUAGCAGCCACCAUUACUAACAAAGUAAAGCCACAGACUUGUGACCACCCCCCCACCCCCCACCUACCCAGGAGACACCUUAGUACAAUAUGGCUGGCACCUUCUGGUUAUAAGGAGGCAGCAUCAGGAACUCAUAGGUCCAAAGUCCCAUUGCCUGCCACAUCUGUGUUACCAUGGGAUGGUACCCUGCAACCAAGGUGACCUGGACACAGGAGGACAGCCUCCUUGGGGACUACAGGGCAUUUUCCAUAACUGAGGCAACACUGCCCCACAGGUGCCAGUACAGCCAGUAGAGAAAACAAACCCUUGUGCUCUACCACCACCUACUGGAAAGCAAAAGACAGACGCCUACUCAUCAACCUGCCAUAAAAAGAGCUCAGCGCCUCAUGCUCAGGCAGAGAAACAGCCCACGAAGCACCACAAAUAACCAUGGUAACAAAGUAGCUCAGCAAGAAAAGUCUCCAGAACUGAACUCGAAGGCAUGGAAGGCUGCAAUUUAAAUGAUAGAGAAUUCAGACUGCACAAAAAAAUUCCACGAGAUACAAGAAAACUCAAAGGCAGUUCAGUGAGCUCAGGAAUAAAAACAACAAACAAAAAGUACUUUACCAAAGAGAUUGAAACUAUAAAAAAGAACCAAACAAAUUCUGGAUCUGAAGAACUCAAUAAAUGACAUGAAAAAUGAAUUAGAAAGCAUUCAUCCCAGAUGGAAGAGAGAAGUAGCAAGCUCAAAAACAAAUCUAAAAAUUAGGGAGAGAGAACUGAGAGUUUAAAAAAAUGAAAAAACUCUACAAGAACUACAUGACUCCAUCAUAAAGAGCAGCAUAAGCAUAACAGGUAUACCAGAAGACAGAAGCGAGGGAGGAGCGAACAGCAUAUGCAAACAACCAGUAAGAACUUACCAAACCUAUAGAAAGAGCUGGGUCCUUGAAUUCAAGAAGCUAACAGAAAACGUACUUAUCUCAGUGCAAAAAGACCUUCUCUGAGACAUGUUAUAUUAAACUGUCAAAAAUUAAUGACAAAGGAAUUCUCAAGGCAGCCAAGGGGGUAAAAGGCUGUAACCUACAAAGGAAACCCCAUUAUCAUCAGAUUUUUCAGCAGAAACCUUACAAGACAGGAAAGUGGAAUGAAGUAUUUAAAAUAUUGAAAAAAAAAAAGAAACCACCAGCCAAGAAUAUACCCAGCAAAGUUCUUUAGGUAUGAAAGAGAAAUAAGGGCUUUUCCAGACAUACAGAAGCUGAGAGGAUUCACCACAAGACCUGCAUCACAAAAGUGUUGAAAGGAGCUCAUCUACCUGAGACAAAAAGGUAAAAGUGCACACAACUGUAAGAUGACAGAAAGGAACGGGAAACAGCAACUCUGUCUCAGAAUAGAAUAUUAUAACACAAAGGUUAAAGAGAAAAAAACAUUUUUUUAAAAGACUAUGACUUCUGCAAUUUGGAAAUGAACACAGCAUAAAAAAAGAUAACUUGUAAUAAUAAAAACUGAGGAGAGGGUAAAAAGACUGAACUUGCACAAGUGAAUGAAGAUGCAGUCAGAAGAAAAAGGACUAUAGUAUGAAACCUUUUACAUAAACCUAAAAUGGUAACUGCAAAAAUAAAAAUCUAGAGCUGAGGCUUGUAACCAAAAAAAAAAAAGGAAACAAAAACAUAAAAAACCACUAAACAGAAACACAAGAUAAAAGAAACAA